CAGGGACAAGCGUUGUGUUUCUUUGUGCUUUGCACCCCACAGCUGCGAGGAGGAGAAGCCCCUGUCAUCAUCUGUGAUGCUGUCCAUUAAGAAGUCAGACCCAGGCUCUUCCUCUUCCUCAGGGGGUAAUGGUGGCGAUUGUGCUCUGGAAACCCUCUCUGCCCCCCAGGCUGGUGCAGCCAGCAUCUCUGGUCCAGGUUCUGCAGAAGUGAAAAAGAAAGAGAGAGCCUCCCCGAGCGGAGAACCAGGUGGACCUCCUCUCAUGCAUCCUCCUGGACCAGGAGGGGUUGAUCAAGACUCUGCAGAGGGACGACGGACAAGUCGUCGCAAGCGGGCAAAGGUGGAGUACAGGGAGAUGGACGAGAGUCUUGCAAAUCUAUCGGAGGAUGAGUAUUACUCUGAGGAGGAGAGGAACGCUAAAGCCGAGAAAGAGCGAAAGCAGGUGAUUCCUCCACCUGCCCCACCGGUUGAGGAGGAGGUCGACAGCGAGCCUGAGGAACCAUCAGGUGUGGAGGGGGCUGCCUUCCAGAGCCGUCUUCCACAUGACCGUAUGACAUCACAAGAAGCUGCAUGCUUCCCUGACAUCAUCAGCGGACCACAGCAUACGCAGAAAGUAUUCCUUUACAUCCGGAAUCGCACGCUUCAGCUCUGGCUGGAUAACCCCAAAGUCCAGCUUACCUUCGAGGCCAGCGUGCAACAGCUAGAAGCACCAUACAACAGUGAUGCUGUACUGGUGCACCGGAUACACAGCUACCUGGAGAGACAUGGGUUUAUCAACUUUGGCAUCUACAAAAGAGUAAAGCCUCUGCCAACUAAGAAGACUGGAAAGGUGAUAAUAAUUGGAGGCGGGGUGUCAGGGUUGGCGGCCGCACGGCAACUGCAGAGUUUUGGUAUGGAUGUGACCGUUCUGGAGUCAAGAGAUCGUGUUGGAGGACGAGUGGCGACUUUCCGAAAAGGGAACUAUGUAGCUGACUUGGGUGCUAUGGUGGUGACUGGACUGGGUGGAAACCCUAUGGCAGUAAUCAGCAAACAGGUCAACAUGGAGCUGGCCAAGAUCAAACAAAAGUGUCCACUCUAUGAGGCAAAUGGACAGGCUGGGGAGCGCUGCACAAGUGUCCCUAAAGAGAAGGAUGAGAUGGUAGAGCAGGAGUUUAAUCGUCUAUUAGAGGCCACGUCAUACCUCAGCCACCAGCUUGACUUCAACUUUCUCAACAACAAACCCGUGUCUCUGGGACAAGCCCUGGAAGUUGUCAUUCAGCUACAGGAGAAACAUGUCAAAGAUGAACAGAUUGAACACUGGAAGAAGAUUGUGAAGACUCAAGAGGAGCUCAGAGAUCUUCUCAACAAGAUGGUGGCUACAAAGGAGAAAGUAAAGGAGCUGCAUCAGCAGUAUAAAGAGGCCAGUGAGGUGAAGCCACCUAGAGACAUCACAGCUGAGUUCCUGGUGAAGAGCAAACACCGAGACUUGCAAGCACUCUGCAAGGAGUAUGACGAGCUGGUGGAGAUGCAGGUUAAAUUAGAGGAAAGACUGCAAGAGCUGGAGGCCAACCCACCCAGUGAUGUGUAUCUAUCUUCGAGAGACAGACAGAUUCUUGAUUGGCACUUUGCUAACCUGGAGUUUGCUAAUGCCACACCUCUCUCCACUCUCUCACUCAAACACUGGGAUCAGGACGAUGAUUUUGAGUUCACAGGCAGUCACCUGACUGUGCGGAAUGGAUACUCGUGUGUUCCUGUGGCACUGGCCGAGGGUUUGGACAUUAAGCUCAAUACUGCUGUUCGACAGGUCCGUUACACAUCAUCUGGUUGUGAGGUGAUAGCGGUAAAUACUCGCUCUACCACUCAGACGUUCAUUUAUAAGUGUGAUGCCGUGUUGUGCACUCUUCCUUUGGGAGUGAUGAAGCAGCAGCCACCAGCCGUACAGUUUGUGCCCCCCCUGCCUGAAUGGAAAACUGCUGCUAUCCAGAGAAUGGGCUUUGGGAACCUCAACAAGGUGGUGCUGUGUUUUGAUAGAGUGUUCUGGGACCCCAGUGUUAACCUAUUUGGACAUGUAGGAAGUACCACAGCCAGUCGAGGGGAACUGUUUCUCUUCUGGAACCUCUACAAAGCUCCCAUAUUAUUGGCUUUGAUGGCGGGGGAGGCUGCUGGUAUUAUGGAGAAUAUUAGUGAUGAUGUUAUUGUUGGCCGUUGUCUGGCUAUUCUCAAGGGAAUCUUUGGAAGCAGUGCAGUACCUCAGCCGAAAGAGACGGUGGUGACUCGCUGGCGUGCUGACCCCUGGGCUCGUGGGUCUUACUCGUAUGUAGCAGCUGGCUCAUCUGGCAAUGACUAUGAUCUCAUGGCCCAACCUAUAACACCUGGUCCUGCGAUACCUGGAGCUUCACAGCCUGUUCCACGUCUGUUCUUCGCGGGUGAACACACGAUCAGGAACUACCCUGCUACUGUGCAUGGCGCUCUGCUGAGUGGGCUGAGGGAGGCAGGGAGGAUUGCUGAUCAGUUCCUGGGGGCCAUGUACACUAUGCCACGUCAAGCCACUGCCAACCCAAACCCACAGCCCUCACCCAGCAUCUAAUACACUUCGAAACCCAACUCAUGUUGCAGGAAGAGAGAGAGAGAGAGAGAGAGAGAGAGAGACUUGGGGAUAGUCAGUGAAAGAAUGUCCUGGUAGAUAAAAAAGGGGAGGGUUAAAUGAGGACACUGGGUGACUCCUUAGAUUGGGAAUGUGUGCGCAAAUGUGUGUUUAUGGGAGUUUGUCUGCAUAUGAGAACAUGCCUUUGGGAAAAUAAUUCACUAAUCUUAAAGCUGAAUGAGGGAUUUAAAGGAACCUUUCAUGCAGUUCCCUCCUGUUUUUUGUAGCUUCACUGGCUAAAGUCUAGGUCAUCUAUAGUGUAAAGGACAGGUGGAUGAUCCCAGAAGAAUUCCCAUGAAUGUUGGAAUUUGAUUGGAAUGUUCACCUGGUUUGAUCCACAGUAGUGCACACAAAAGGACAGAGAAUAAUAUUUAUACCCAACUAAUCAGCACUCUUGACAGUCAUCAGCCGUGAUGUAUCUUGUGUUUCAUGUCAGAGCAUUAAUAUUGUAAUAACAUCUUGAAGAGGCCCUUAAGUGGAGGACUCAACUAGCCAAAUGUAAAAGUGCUCUCGAUCCAUUUUCUUUUAUUUUUUCAGAAUAAAACAAAAGCCGAAAAAAAAAAAAGACAUUGUCAAUAAUAAUAAUCUUUGUCUCUCACAUUAGAGUAGGUAUCAUAGCUUUGGGGGGAGGGAUUGUAUUAGCUGGACUGCACAUUAAUAUUGCUAAUAGGUUUUGGUUCAAAUGUUAGAACAGAUUUGUAUAAUUUAAGCUUAAGUUUUAUUUGUUUAAUUAUGAUCAUUUCCAUCCAUUUAUAUUUUGUGAUUAGAAAGUUUUUUGUUUUUGUAUUAAAAUGAAUAUGAACUCAGUUACUUGCACCUUGGCACUCAUUUACUCUCUCAUGUGUUUGUUUCUGUCUUUCUAUAUUCUGCCUUUUCAUCCUCUUUGCUGUAUUUGUUCCUCUAAUGUAAAGUUUGCCUUCUCAUGUGGUUCUGCUCUCGUCCAACCUGAUCCUACUGUUGAUAUUGUGGUCAAAUGCUCUGUAUUUUGACUAACCUGCUUCUUUUAACCGCUUGUCUUUUCCCAUUUUUAAGCUUUUCCUUUGGUUUCAUGUACAUGGCCCUCUAUGUCUACUCUCCAAUUUUAUCCUUGCUUUCUUUAGUCACUUCGCAUCAUGCUGGCCUCUCUUUUGCUCUCUGUUGUUACUAUAACCUCUCCAGGCCUCUGGCCUUGGCCCCAGUUUUUGUGGUGUGUGUCCUGGCAGCUGUGCUACAUUGUGGGAGUCCGAGGUACCAGAGCUGAUAUUAGCCCAGCAGCUUGGUUUGUGAUUAGAGCCUUGUGCAGCCUACACCACAAUACCAUAACCAUAUUCUAGUUCAUAAUUCUGCAGUUUUCCAGUAUGGUUUUGAUAAUGGGAGCAUAUUGUUAGUUUACCACUGAGCUGAUUCUCUCUGAUCAGAUGUAUUUCAUAUUAGGGAAUUUAGUGGAUGCUUUUAUCUUAAGCUGUUAACUGCACCCAAAUGCAGGACCCUUCAGUCCCUCAAGAUUUAGUGACUUUUGAAAAGGCACAGCAUUAGCUGCCAGAGCAGGAAAUAUGUUAGCUGCACAACCUCAGUACAGACUCAAGAAUCUGGUUGUGUGAAAUCUGAAAAAUAUUUUUUAUUGCCUCGACAGUUACAACUUGAACAUUCCAUAAAAUCUACAGACACACCUGGAUGCCCUUAGGGAUCUUGUAUGAUUUCUGAUGUAAGGAAGUCCUGAACUGCAUCUUUUUUUUUGUAUUCGCCAUAAGUUAUGCAAUUUUAUUUAUUUAUUUUUUUGGUCCAAAAAAAUAAAAAUUGUAAACUUUACAAAAUCAUUGCACAUUUUAAGCACAAGAUUUGAUGCUCUC